AUGAUGAAUAUGAAGCUUGGUACCAUCUAUAAUCCCGGACUCACUUCGGUCGUGCUGGGCUUUGUUCCGUUUGGGAUGAAGUAUAUGCGCUAUAUGCAGAAGCAUGGCUUGCUCUCUACACGUGACUGGGUGCUUGGGGUCGUUGGUGCCGGUGCAGUUGGCUAUACUCUUCUUCUCAAAUACACCUUUGGCUGGCUUCCCGACCACAAUACGCCGUAUCCUUUUACUCCCUCUGAGAUGACGCGAUGGGGUGCCAGGCUCGCGGGAUUGGCAUAG